AUGACGAUUAAGCUAGAAACUGCUAACAAGAACUGGGUGCCAUACGCAUCCGAGUGGCCGCUGCCACUGGCAAACUCAAUCCACUCAAGACAACAACAACUACGACUAAGUCGCGACAAGUUCAGGCAAGCGAAAAUGCCUUGUCCUACUAAAGAAUGUCCAACGCCGUCAGGCAAUAACCCGCGAGCGAUGUCCCCCGAAAUCCUCGACGAAGUCAACGAGCGCCUUAUCGAAUGGCUCAAGCAAGAAGCAACUACCUUCGACGAUGAAUCAUCCAAAGAUGAAUCCUCCGAAGAUGAAACGUCCUCUGACGAAGAAGAACCUGAAAAGAAGUCGUCUAGACCUUUUGGAAGUUUGGCUCUCCGCUUCAAGAAAUGGUUCACGGGCCAUCACCAUCAAGAGAAGUAA